GCAGCUGAGCCAAUGGGAGACAUACAAUUCAGUCAGCAGAAGUCAGAAAUGCUGAAAAACCUGUACUGACAGUCAGGGCGAGUUCCCUUACACAAGACACAAGAUACAGACACUGAAACUGGCUUCCAUUGUGGCGACGCUCAUGAAACACCUCAGAUCAUGCUCAUCAAUGCAUUUCUAAUUUAGACACUUUCUAUUAAACGACUUUAGAAAUGGGGACUUACUCAGACCAGAAGGAAAGGUACACGCAAAAUGGGCAUUCAGAAAACGGGAAGACAUCUGCUUUUCCUGACAUGGAGCUCCGGGAGGAAUGGCAGGAUGAGGAGUUCCCCAGACCUCUUCCUGAGGACACACAGAGUCCUGGAGAUGAAGAGGAAAGCCCUGGAACUGAGGGAAACAGGCCUGUCCCUCCAACUAGCCUGGCCCUUACUGGUAAUACCGUCAGGAAGAAGCGACUAGUGGCACCAACUCUUAGUUUAACACUGGACAAAACCUCUACUGACCGGAGCAUGAAAUCUGAUGAGUUUGAUGCUUCUGCCCUUUCACCAUCUCCUGAUGAUGACCUAGAGAUGGACAUUAACCUGGAGGCCUUAGAGACACCCUCAGACAGCGAGUCUUACAACUUUCCAGACAGCAUGCACGACUUAGAGUGGGAAGAUGAUCUUCCCAGGAUGGGCAAAGCAGCAAUCAGAAAAGCCAGUUUACUGGAGCACGCAGAGAUGGGACACCUGGACUUGGAUAAGGUGGACAGCAAUGGGCGACGAUGGAGACGAUUUCAUGUUGGCGGCCAAGACUACCAAGUCAACAUGAGCGUUCUGGAGCCAUACCUUCAAGUUCUUUCCCACGGAGGAUAUUUUGGGGACGGAUCGACAGCCAUCAUUAUGUUCACUUCCUGCUACCUUCCAGAAAAUACAACAGAACACUAUGAAUAUGUAAUGGACAAUCUCUUCAGGUACAUUAUUGGCACGUUGGACUUGAUGGUGUCUGAGAAUUACAUAUUGGUGUAUUUGUGUGGAAUGGCCCCUCGCAAUAAAAUGCCUGGGAUUAAGUGGCUUCGACAGUGUUACAUGUCCAUCGACAGACGGUUAAGAAAAGACUUGAAAGGGCUUUUCGUGGUUCACCCAGCCUGGUACGUGAGAGCGUUAAUCACCGUCAUCAAACCCUUCAUCAGUGAGAAAUUCAGCAGGAAGAUGCGCUUCAUCCACAGCUUGCAGGAACUGGCAGAGUUUGUUCCUGUGGCCCAGCUGCAAAUCCCAGACUGCAUCAGACAGUAUGAUGAGCAGAUGAACAGGUGAAGGUUUGUGAUGGAAGGAGAGCAGAGGUGUACAAACUGUACAGACUUCACACUGGACUGGGGAAACUGACAUGCAUGUGGGAUUUGGAGCUGGCUGGGGUUAAAGGUCAAGCUUUAGUGCAAAUGCCCUAAUGACAGAAAAACAACUUCCUGCCACCAGCUCUUUGAUGAAAUACAAAGACAGUGUUGUGCUUCAGAGAGACACAGCUGUGUCAUGCCGCAAGGUGGGUCAGGACAG